GGCGGGGAAGCCGCUGCGCCCGCCCCACCGCCCGCUGCCCCGCCUCUCCCGGCGGUCGCCCCCCGGCUCGACCGGAGCUGCAGUCCCAGCCACAGCCUUCAUGCGACAGAAAGGAGCUCUGCCACGGAAUUACAUCAGACACCAGCCAAGUGGAGAGGAAGGUGGGAAGAGGGACUAAGAGAGGAAACCAAGGAACUUCAGGAUGGUUUAUGCUAAGAGCUGGACCCUGAAGAAGCACUUUGAAGGCAGCCCCACUCAUGGUAACUUUGAGUUGAAAACAGUUGAACUCCCACCCUUAAACAAUGGAGAGGUCCUGCUGGAAGCUUUGUUCCUCACUGUGGAUCCUUACAUGAGAGUGGCAGCCAAAAGAUUGAAGGAGGGUGAUACGAUGAUGGGGCAGCAAGUGGCCAGAGUUGUGGAAAGUAAAAACUCAGCCUUCCCAACAGGAACUAUGGUAGUGGCUUCUUCAGGCUGGACAACUCACUCCAUUUCUGAUGGGAAAGAUCUGGAAAAACUGCCUGCAGAGUGGCCAGACACAUUACCAGUGUCUUUGGCUCUGGGAACAGUUGGCAUGACAGGGCUAACAGCCUACUUUGGCCUACUUGACAUCUGUGGUGUGAAGGGUGGAGAAACAGUGAUGGUUAAUGCAGCAGCAGGAGCAGUGGGCUCUGCUGUGGGCCAGAUAGCUAAGCUCAAGGGCUGCAAAGUUGUUGGAGCAGCAGGGUCUGAUGAAAAAGUUGCCUACCUUAAAAAGCUUGGAUAUGAUGUUGCCUUUAACUACAAAACAGUAGAGUCUUUGGAAGAAACUUUGAAAAAAGCCUCUCCUGAUGGUUACGAUUGUUAUUUUGAUAACGUAGGUGGAGAGUUUUCAAACAUUGUUAUCCCCCAGAUGAAGAAGUUUGGAAGGAUUGCUAUUUGUGGGGCCAUCUCUGUGUAUAAUACUACUCGCCCACUUCCCCCAGGCCCACCCCCAGAGAAUAUCAUCUAUCAGCAACUCCGCAUGGAAGGGUUCAUUGUCACCCGCUGGCAAGGAGAUGUCCGUCAGAAGGCUCUGAAAGACUUGCUGACAUGGGUCUUAGAGGGUAAAAUCCAGUAUCGUGAAUACAUCACUGAAGGGUUUGAAAACAUGCCAGCUGCGUUUAUGGGAAUGCUGAAAGGUGAAAAUUUGGGGAAAACAAUAGUGAAAGCAUGAAAAAAAAACAGACACGUGGAAUCUAGAAUUCAUUUGGAUGAUUACCACGUCUUUUUAACCAUUUAGUAAAAAUAUAUACUGCCUUCGUUAUCUAAAAAUUGUAAUGAGUUUGAUCUACCUAAUAAAACACAUUUAAGUGGUA